CCGAUUUCGCCCUCGACCCGGUCGCCGCCGAUGGCUCGCGUUGUGCGGGUCCAGCGCCGCGGCCAGCCAGCGACACCCUCGCCGGCGGCCGGGCGGGUGCGGACGCGAGCUGAGUGCGAGGUAUCGCCGCUGUUUGAGCUCACCUCUGCCGACGGCGGUGAGGCUGAGCCGGACGCAGCGCCGCUCGCGCUGCGCGCGCCAAGGAUACAGCGGCCUCGGCCGCGAGGGAGGCGCCAGUCGGGCGCGUCGGCCGUGCCACUGCGCAAUGUGCUGCCGCGCACUUACGACGCCGUCAACGAGCUCCUCUUCGCGCUCUCAGAGCGCCAUCCGCUCUCCAUCCGGCCAGGCAAACAGGACUGGCUCGUCGACGGGAGUGCCAACGUGCGGAUACCACACACAGGGCUUUCGACUCGUGAUGCCUAUCGUGUGCUGCUAGAGGAAUGGGGAGCGCGCCAGCGGGGCUCGCUUUUUUCUAGGAGCAACAACAUCGCCAUUCGAUUGCUAUAUUUUUCAAGCCCCCUGUACGAGAACCGUGCCGACCUGGAGCCACUUGCCGCGCGUGCCCCGCCCGGUGACACAAGUGCUCCAUUCUCA